GAUGGAUUGAUUUACGUCGUCUUUUGAAAAAUGGAAUACCUUGCAGAAUAUGGCAAGUUAGAGGAUUUAGAGCAACCUUCUCAAGAGUCCCAAGUCAGAAAACCCCAAACUUUUCUGGUAGAACUUGCUCCUCAAGUAGAUGAGGUUACUCGAGCACUAAUUGACAAGAAAGCUUUGCAACCAGAAAGUGCUUUUGACCCUUCCACUAGCGUUCUGCAACAUAACGCUACCUUCCAAGAGCUGUGGGCUCCUGUGUAUUGGACUAAAACAACUGAAGAAGAAAGAACCCUUAAUUUAAGAAGAGCUAAUAUACCGACGGGGCAUACUGAGAAAUAUGAAGUCGCUGAGUUUGCAUUUACAGAGCAGUUAAACUCUUUUGAGCGUACUGGUGUUGCUUGGGACCCAAGUAUAGGAAUUUAUCGCAAUGAAACGCCAAUACAUAACCCUUAUCGAAAGAUUGGAAAGCGUUACGAACUUGACCGCACAGGGUGGGGUGCCUUAGACCCCACACCUAAGGGAGAGGAAGAAGAGACAGAGAAGAAGCUCAAGAAGACCAAGAAAGGGGACCAAAGUCGAAAGAUGGAUAGUAAUACAGAACGGGAGUCAAAGGAAGAGGAAGCCUUGAAUAACGCUAGUCAAACCAAGAGUAUUUUCCAUCUCAAGCAAAUGUACGAUUAUAGAGGAAGAUCUUUUAUGGAACCACCUUCAGAAUGGAAAAAGGACAAAGAACACGACUGUUUUAUUCCUAAGAAGGCAGUUACGACUUUAACUGGCCAUACAAAGGGCGUGACGUGUAUUCGUUUUUUCCCUGGUUUUGGUCAUCUCUUGUUAUCUUCCAGUAUGGAUGGAAAAGUUAAACUAUGGGAUGUUUAUUCAUCCUAUCAAGUAGUAAGAACCUACUUAGGUCACUCCAAGGCAGUACGAGACAUUAUUUUCGACCACGACGGGAAACACUUCCUAAGUGCCGGUUAUGAUCGUUUUAUAAGACUUUGGGAUACCGAGACGGGUUCAUGUUUACAGACUUUUUCGUUAGCUUCUAAUCCAUAUUGUGUAAAAUUUCAUAUGGGAAGUGAUGGGAGCAAUGAGUUUUUAGUAGGUUGUUCAGAUAAGAGAAUACUGCAAUAUGACUGUCGUAGUGGUGAAAUGGUGCAAAGUUAUGAGCAACAUCUUGGCGCAGUGAACACUAUAACCUUUAUAGAUGAGAACAAACGGUUUGUUUCCUCUUCAGAUGAUAAGACUCUUAGAAUUUGGGAAUAUGGAAUACCAGUGGUUGUAAAGUAUAUUUCUGAUCCCUCAAUGCAUUCUAUGCCCGCCUCUGUUGUGCAUCCUUCUGGAAGAUGGUGUGCGAGGUGAAUCAUUCAAAUUUCAUCAUAGGAAGAGAUUUGCAGGUCAUGUUGUUGCCGGAUAUGCUUGCCAACCAGAUAUAUCACCGGACGGUCGCUUUGUUAUAUCUGGAGAUAGUAGCGGCAAAUUAUUCUUU